AUGUCAUCCAAAAAGUUCCUGAACGCCGUCCAGGACGUCGUCCCCGAGAUGCUCGACGGGUUUGCCCUCGCCACCCCGCACUGCGCUCGCGUCGCCGAAGAGAAGGGCGUCCUCGUGCACGUCUCGGAUGUCUCUCCAAAGCGCGAGACGGUUGCUGUGAUCAGCGGCGGCGGCAGCGGUCACGAACCCGCGAUGGCCGGGUACUUGGGAGACGGCAUGCUCACCGCCGCCGUGUGCGGGAACGUGUACGCGAGCCCGACCGCGGAGGCGGUGCUCGCCUCGAUCCGCGCGACGGCUGGGAAAAAGGGGGCGCUGCUGGUGGUGAUGAAUUACACGGGAGACAGACUCAACUUUGGCGUCGCGGCGGAGCGAGCAAAAUUGGAAGGGUACGACGUGGACAUGGUGGUCGUGGGCGAGGAUUGCGGGCUAUCAAAGGAAAAGGUUGGCAUCGCGGGGCGACGAGGGUUGGCGGGGACGCUUUUCGUGCACAAAGUGGCGGGCGCCAAAGCGGCGGCGGGCGGGACGCUGAAGGAGGUAGCAGAGGAGGCGAGACGGUGCGCCGAAGCCGUGGGGACAAUGGGGGUGGCGUUACAGGCGUGCACGUUACCAGGGGCGCCGGGCGUCGCUCGAGAGGUUCCGGAUGGGGAGAUGGAGCUCGGGAUGGGGAUUCACGGCGAGCCAGGCGCGACGACGGUCAAACAGACGGGCGCCGACGAACUCGCGGCGACGCUCCUGACGAGCAUCUUCACCGAAAAUGAGAAAAUAUCCAAGCUUUCGGAGGGUUCAAAAGUUGCUCUCAUGGUGAACACGCUCGGCGCGACGCCGCUGAUGGAGUUGUACGUCAUUGCCAGGGCGGCGUUCGCGUGGUUGGCGGGCGUGAAGAACAUUCAGGUGACGCACGCGUACGUAGGUACAUUCAUGUCUUCGAUCGACAUGAACGGGUUUAGUCUCACUAUUUGCGCCCUGGAUGACGAUGCUCGGGUGGAACUCCUCGACGCGCCAUGUUCAUGCUCGGCAUGGCCGAAGAGCGCUCGCGUGACGCAGGGACAAAUCAUAAGCGUCGGAGCCACAAGCUCGAGCGCACCCAUGGCGAAUGGGCCACCCAAGACUUCUGAGGGUGCCGCAGCCUUACGAGCGAUUCAGAGCGUCGCGAAAGCGCUCAUCGCGGCUGAACCGGAGCUCACGAAGUACGAUAGCGUGGCCGGCGACGGUGAUUGUGGGACGACAAUCAAAAGUGGCGCCGAAGCUUUGCUGGGGGCCGUGGACACGUACCCUCUGGACAACGUCUCCGAUCUCGCUCGCGCAAUCGGUCACACCGUGCGACACAGCAUGGGUGGGACAAGCGGCGUAUUGUAUGAUAUAUUUUUCACCGCUGCUGCCGAUAAGCUCGCGAAAGUUGCCGCUGGGAAGCCGCCGAGUGUCGAUGUUGUGCUUCUCGGAUUUUCUUCUGGCGUACAGGCGAUGAUGGAAUACGGUGGAGCUCGCGCGGGCGAUCGAACCAUGCUGGAUGCGCUCGUACCGGCUUUGACGAUGGCAACCGUGACCCAUAUGGGCAGGAAAACGGUUACGGAAGUCGUCGCUGAGGCGGCCAAGGCGGCGAAGAGCGGCGCAGAGGAUACGAAGAACAUGGCAGCGAAAGCCGGUCGAUCGAGUUAUGUGAACCAGGACGUGCUGAAGGAGACGCCCGAUCCCGGCGCAGUCGCAGCCGCGACGUGGAUUCAAGCCAUUUCGGACGCGAUUUCACAGGCAUGA